AUGUAUCGCAUUGUACUCCUACGGAGAAGCUACAUUUUAUGCAACCGAUUUGGAAUGAGAUGCUUCCGCUUGCAGGAGACACUAUCGAGGAAGGCUGCAGCCGUUUUCAUGCAAGAAAGUAUGCGGUUGUCCGCGCACAGCUCGUCAAACUUUUUUCGUGUGGCGAUACUUUACAUGCUGCUCGAAGGCGUCAUGAGCGAUUUGUUUCUGCUGAUUGCUCAAGACGGACCUAAUGCCAAACUCCAGUACAUCUCGCUGGGCUACAAUUUGUCAGGGGUACUCUUGUUGCUGUUCGAAAUGCUUGAGAGUAAAAACUGGCUGUGCGAGAAAGCGAGACUUCUAGUGAAAAGACUAAUAUUCAGCUAUGAAACGUCUUUAUUCGGAGAGCUCCUGUGCGCUGGAGUAAUGAAUUACUUCACAUGGGUCAAUAGAUCGAGCUUGAAAGAGACACACCCAGCGGCGCUCGCAGUUUCGUAUUACGUUUGGAGCUUGGUGGGCCAUGGGGUCCUUGUGCUCGGGCUCGCUGCGUUUAUCACGUCAGUUCGCAUUGUUUUAGCGUGUGUGUAUGUACUGAGGCGUCACCGAACAUGUGCAGUAUUGACAGCGCCUUGUUGUGUUGACACGACGUUGGGUGUGCGCUGUAAAAUGAUCAUGCUCGGGGGAUACUACUGGCACGACGAUCAACUAUACUACAAGAUCGAAGCUCUAAAGGCGUUUGGUGUGCUGAAAAUGGUCGAGGAAGACGGAGCCGAUCCCAAGAGAUGA